GCCAUUGCUGUACAAUGACGUCGUUUUUGCACGAAAAAUGGCCCACGCUGUUAGGACAUCACCGGCUUCUAACGGCCCUUGCAUUCAGUGGUUUUGGACUAUUAAUGACGUAUUGGGGUUACGUGCGCUACCAACGUCGAAUCAGGACAGGGCGGCUGCUUCUCAUCCCAAACAGUUCAUACAAGGUGACCUUGUUGGAGAGAGAGGUGCUCACCCACAACACCCGCCUUCUUCGUUUCGCACUGCCUUACCAGGGACAGACGUUGGGCCUCCCAGUGGGCAAGCACAUCUACGUGCACGCCAAGAUCAAGGGUCGACUCGUGGUGCGUCCUUACACUCCAAUCAGCCAUACGGACCAGCGGGGCAGCUUUGACAUCAUCGUCAAAGUGUACUUCAAGGAGACUGCCCUACAGUUUCCUGGCGGAGGCACCAUGUCCCAGUUUCUCGACAGCCUCCAGCCCGGCGACUCCGUUCAUAUUCAAGGACCCAAGGGCAGUAUGGAGUACAAGGGCCGAGGGGUCUUCUCUUUUAAAGAUGGUCUCAUUGUGCACAAAGUCGCACGUAUCGGCAUGAUUGCUGGUGGCAGUGGCAUAACUCCCAUGCUGCAGCUGCUUCGCUGCAUUUUCAAUGACACCGAAGAUAACACACAGGUGAACUUGAUCUUCGUAAACCAUACUGAGGACGACAUUAUCCUGCGGUACGAGCUGGAUGACCUGGCGCAUUCGUAUCCCAGCCAGUUCCACAUUUUCUACGUGGUCAACACGCCUCCAGCUGGCUGGCGCUAUGGCAGUGGUCUCCUGAAUGUUGGCCACAUCAGAGAAAACCUUCCUCCCGCUGGCCAGGACACACUCAUCUUGCUCUGCGGUCCGCCUCUCCUUGUCAGCAGGGUCUGUCGGCCUGCGCUCUCCAAGCUCGGCUAUACUGCAAGCUUAGUGUAUGCCUACUGAUGCGUCCGUGCCAUGCUCGUAGUGCUAUAUAACAGUAGCGAAGCUACCGAUAUUCAUCAUUUCAUACGGAUUAGUGACAGAUUUUGACUUUUUUUUUUUACCACGAAGCCACCAUCUUAGAGAGUUGCAAAUUGCAUUAAUACGAGAAACAACCUGUUUAUAGUGCUGUAAGAAGUAAAGCUUAGUUCGCAUU